AAGAUGCAACACGAACAGGCCCCACUUGACAUUUGCUAUUAGUGAAUUAUAAUUUAAUAUUUGAUAUCCGAAUGCAUCAUAUGUAUUCCGAAAUUUGGCAAUUGCUUAAAUUCAUAUUGCAAUUAGCAAUUAUUCAGUAAAUUAGCAAAUAACAUUACAAGAAUAUAAUCAUAUAACAUGUGUACUAACAGGAAAGAGAGAAGUGAUCUGCUUCCUCUGAGGAUGGAAUGUCAACGUACUAUUCCGAGCUUCCCAGUCCUCCCUUCUACUGGCUGAGCUAUAGAGGGAAUUUCCUUCUAGUGUGAAGCAAGAAAGCAAAUGAUUAGUGAGUGUUAAUUAUACACUUUUUUCUCAUGAUGAAUUUUGCAAGACCAACACCAUCAAAGUCACCAACACCUGCCAAAAGUGUUCGUCCACUUGGGAUGCCAGUUCGGGGACCACCAAAAGUCUCUCCCUCUAUGUUAUAUUCGUACUCCGACACAUUUGAUGACUCCCUGUCUCCAAAGGUUGUUCAAUACUCGGAUACAUUUGAGGAAUCUGCUCCAACAAAGACAAGACUUUAUUCUAACACGUUUGAGAGUGAGGAGGCAGCUUAUUCAUACAGUGAUACAUUUGUGGAGGGCACACUAGCAACAGAACAAGUUGAUACUCGCUUAUCAGAAGAUUCCUAUUCACAAACUCUUCAACAUGACACCAAACCAUAUUCCUACACAGACACAUUUGACUCGAGUAGCAGCCCUCUACGUGGGUCGGCUACCUACACAGGAACGCACACUGACAAAGCCAGUUGGCAGUCAGAUGAUGGAUACACCCGCUACGAGUCAACCGACUCAGAAAUACAACAUAGUGAGGAUACUUAUAGUGAACCCACAUUCACUAGACGAGCAGAAUCAGAUGAGGAUACUUAUAGUGAACCCACCUUCACUAGACGAGCAGAAUCAGAUGAGGAUACUUAUUCAGAAAGACAGUCCAGUGACCCUGAUGAUGACGUGACCUUGGGAAGCGACAGCUAUGACUACAGCUAUACAUUUGAGGAAGCUGACACCACAAAGACAGAGGACCCAGAAAAACUAAGAAAGGAGGCUGAGCUCUUCAAACUCGCAGAAGAAUCAAAGACAGAUUUUGCAGCAGACAUGAUGUCUCGGUUAAGACAAAAACGUAUCAGACAGACAGACUUGUCAACCUUACUAACACAGGGAAAACAAGACAAAGAAAAAGAAAUGGAUUGGUACACUUCUAGAUAUCUCAAAAAGAAACUACGCUUGCUGAAACACAAAAAGUCACCGACGGCUAUGAAAAGUGUGGGAAAGCCUCCCCAUAAAUCAUCCGGGUCCAAGACACCGACAGUGAAGGAGGAAGGACACCUGAUACAGGACUACGGCAUUGAUCCGUCACUGUUGGACAGACUAAAACUAAAGAACUUCAUAAAGAGAAUGGAAACGGCAGCUCAGGAAGAAAUACACGACCCGAGGCGAUGCAAGGAUUGCAGAGCUCAUCAGCUGAAUAUUGAUGCUGCUGCAGCCCAGAGAAACUUUGUGCGGGAGAAGACACGUUACAUUAGACAGGAGAUAAUUGAGGACAGAAUCCAGUCACAUUUGAUACAAAUGGGUUCUAUAUCUUUGAUUGGAGAACUGGCAAGAUCUCUACCUAAUCCAUUACAAGAUCCUGAAGAUGUCAUGGAGAAAAUGAAUAAGGGCCUCAUGUUAUCAAAGUCCAUUUCAAAAACAAGACAAUAUGGUGUGUUCAGUUGAUAUUUGAAUCAAAUUGUUCCUUCUUAUUCACAUCAUGUCUUGAUGAUAGAAACAAAGAUAUUGUUAUGUUAUUCAAAAUAAAAAUAUUUAAA